CCAGAUCAAGAGAUCCCAUCAGCGACGGGUUCUAUCUGAGCGAAGAAAAAAACAGCCAAGACGUCAAGGAUGCCUUUAUGGAACAGUUGGCUAACGAACUGAAGGGACGGAUGCUGAAGGUGACCACAUUGGAGGACUGGCCACUCAGCUACACCGAGCGCCAGAAUGGGACUCUGGUUGGACGUGGCGUAGCCUUCGAGCUGCUCGAGUUCCUCAUGGAAAAGUUCAAAUUCAAUUACACCUUGGUCAUGCCGGAACAUAACAUUGUUGGAUCGACCAACGACAUGCAGGGAAGCAUAAUCGAGCUCUUGGCCACCGAGAAAGCCGACAUCGCUGUGGCCUUUCUGCCCAUUCUAGCCGACGCCCGGCAGCACGUUCUCUACUCGGCCGGUCUGGACGAAGGCGAGUGGAUGAUGAUUAUGGUUCGGCCAAUGGAAUCGGCUAGUGGGUCAGGUUUGCUUGCUCCCUUCAACAGGGAUGUAUGGAUUCUGAUCCUGGUGUCGCUGUUGGCCGUUGGCCCGAUCAUCUACGGAAUGCUCAUUGUGCGCUACAAAAUGACCAAAGACAAGGAGCAGAUUUUGUACACGUUGCCCCAUUGCGUUUGGUUUGUCUACGGUGCUCUCAUGAAGCAGGGAAGUACACUGUCACCAACGGGAGAUUCAACGCGAAUCCUUUUUGCCAGCUGGUGGAUCUUCAUAACCAUCCUCACCUCAUUCUACACGGCCAACUUAACUGCUUUCCUAACAUUGUCCAAGUUCACGCUGCCCAUCAACAAUGCCGAAGACGUAAGGAAAAAAGAGAAACAAUUUGUCACCAUCCGUGGCAACGCCAUCGAGUACGCUAUCAAAAACAGCGAUGAGGCCCUCAACUCGUUGAGCUUUUUGGUUGACAAACAUUUGGUGGAAUUCACCACCAACCUGAACGACAGUGACAUCCUAAUGACUACGGUGACCAAGAAAAACUACGUCUACGUCCGUGACCGGCCGGCCAUCGAACAUCUGGUGUACAAGGACUACCUGGUCCGUCGCAAGGUCAAUCCCAUCAACGAGCGCAGCCAUUGUCCGUUCGCCACGGCUACGACGCCUUUCCUGACGCGGGUUCGCGCCUUCGCCUAUCCGAACAACACACGCUGGAACACCCUGUUCGAUCCGCAAUUACUAAACAUGGUCGAAGGAGGAUUGGUUAAAUUUAAACUUCUGGAAAAUCUGCCGAAGGCUGAAAUCUGUCCACAGAAUUUGGGUGGCACAGAACGUCAGCUGAAAAACCGCGACUUGGUCAUGACGUAUUUGGUGAUGUUGACUGGUUUUGCCACAGCGGUUGCCGUAUUCGUUUCGGAGAUGUUCUUCCGCAUCCUGAACGAGCGCAAGCUGAGCAAAGAGCUGUUCGGGGCCAAACGAAAUCAUCGCUCCACCGACGGGGUCACCUACGUGAACGCAAAAUCGAUGGGCUAUGGCGAUUCGCCGCCACCGCCGUACGCGGAAAUCUUCAGCCGCCACACCAGCGGUGGCACCAUGUUCGGGAGCAGCAUCGACAGCGACAGCGGCUCCCGCAAGAUGAUCAACGGCAGGGACUACAUGGUCGUCAAGGAGAGGAACGGCAUCGGCUCGCAGCUGAUUCCCAUCCGGGCACCGUCGGCGGCGAUUUUUCAGUACACGUACACAAAUUAGGAGCGUUUGGGAAUGAGGAAGCCGUUGAUGUGGUUAGGUAUUUGUGGGUAUGUAUGGUUGUAGGGAGCACAACGAUAGUAUCAUUGAUAUCACGUGGCAAUACUUAAUUUGUAAUUUUCAAUGGCAGAUAAUGAUAAUUCCAGCUUUGUCCGGAUAUUUCAUUCUGGUUUGUGUAUAAGGGUUACAUAUUUUUUACAAUAGAAGCAUAUCAGCUAUUUUAAGUAAACUACAUGGCCAAUGUGCCAACCGAGAAAUACAUUUACAAUUUAUCGCACAAGUUUACGCACGGGC